UGUUAAUGCUCCAUGGUGAAGCUCUUGCAGACUUCACAGGCCCUGACUGUCGUUUUGUGAAUUUUAAAAAAGGCGACCAUGUGUAUGUUUACUACAAACUUGCAGGGGCAUUCCCUGAAGUUUGGGCUGGAAGUGUUGGACGAAUCUUUGGAUACUUUCCAAAAGAUUUGAUCAAGAUACUUCACAAAUAUACGGAAGAAGAGCUAUACAUUCCAGCAGAUGAGACAGAUUUUGUCUGUUCUGAAGGAGGAAGAGAUGAUUUUAAUAAUUAUAAUGUAGAAGAACUUUUAGGUUCUUUGGAAUUUGAGGACUCCACAGCUGAGGAGUCUGAGAAAGCUGAAGAGGUUUCUCAGCAUGGAGUGAAGUCUCCUGAAGGGACUCAAGAGACUGAACUUGACCCUGCACCUGAGCCUGAGCCUGAGCCUGAGCCUGAGCCAGCCAAAGUGGACUCAGGGGAACUAGAAGGAGUGUUCUCAGAGAACACUGAGGAACUGCAGGAACAGUCCUCGGCUCAGGAGAGCCACCCUCAUACCAAUAGUGCAGCAGAUAAUGCUCAGGGAGUGCAGUCUUCACUGGACAAUUUUGAAGAAAUGCUGCACGAUAAAUUAAAAGUGCCAGGAAGUGAAAACAGAACCAGCAAUAGUUCUCCCGUCUCAGUGGAGCAGGAGAAGAUAGAUGCUUACAAAGUCCUGAAAACAGAAAUGACUCUUGACUUGAAAACCAAGUUUGGUUCAACCGCUGAUGCACUAGUGUCUGACGAUGAGGCCACCAGACUGGUCACGUCAUUAGAAGACGAUCUUGAUGAAGAGCCAGAUGCUGAGUAUUACUCAGUGGAAAAUGAAGAAGAGGAGAAUGCAGACAGCUUUGAUGAGCUACCAUUACUAUCCUUUACCGAUGAAGAAGAGAAUGUUCCCAGGAAGCCUAGGAUGGAGAAAUACUCAACAGAUGAGAAUCUGAACUUGAGUGAAGAUGAUAAAGUUGAACCUCCUCUGCCUCCUGGCACCCAAAAUGACAAUAAAGAUAUAUUGACAACCUGGGGGGAUACUUUCUUCUCUAUUGUCACAGGAGGUGAAGGAGAAACAGGUGUGGUGGAUUUAGAGAGUUCUAACACAGAGGAAGACAAGAAGGAGGAUGUGUUGGUUUCAGCUAGUCAUCAAAGGAAGCCACAGUCAACAGCUGCCCAUAUGGACCCUGAGGAUAAAGAAGACCAUCUUUUUGUAGAAGACUCCAAAAGAAAUGGUGAAAAGGACUCGAAAACAGACCCACAACUUGUCAUAACAGGAGAAGAGAAGGCGAUCCAGGAAUCCAGGAGAGGCCUGGCACACCAGGAGUCCAAAACAGAAACAUCAAGUGCUUAUCCACCUCAGAACAGCAAGCUUAACCCUCUGCCAGCUGCUGAAAAGGCCAAGGAAUUUACAUUAAAAGCAGUCUUUGAAAGAAAAGAAAAUGGCCUAAAAGAACCAGUUAUCCAUAUCUCAAAGGAGACAGUCCAUGAAGACAAGAACAGAGACAGCAUAGAGAGUGAAUUGGUACACAGAGCUCUGGGGAGUCCAGUGACAGAAAGUAACAGCAAACAGGAAUCCUUGGGUGCUGUGGCACUCUUAGGAGACCAUCAGCCUGAUGCAUCCAAGGACAGGAUGGAAGUCCCAGGCGCUUCCGUCAGUGGGCCAGAAGUGGGCCAAUGGGAGGGAUUUCAGAAUCAACCUACAUUCUCCUCUCCAGAGGAAACUGGUCUUCCAGGAGAACUGGAAACGAAAGUUCCUCCUCUGCGAAGAAAUCUUUCUUGGCAGCACCAAGAGAGAGAUGUACCUGUUGCAGAGGGCAGGGAAGACCCUGCAGAUGUGAAACCACCUCACCCCCAGGCCAUACAAGGGACACAGGAGGCUGAUAGCCCGGAAGUGCCCAGUGUCCAUACCCAAAGGCCAGAAGCAGAGGAGGACGAGUUCCCCCUUGAGGAGUUACUGGAGGAUGAAAAUGCCGUGAGCGCACAGCAGUCUAAAGAAAACCACCCCAGGGCUCACGACAGCUCAGAUAUGAAUUCUCAGGGUUUUGAAAAAGUAAUUUUGGGGACCCUUAAUCUUGAUACUGAAGAAAACAAACAAGCAACUAAUAUGAUUUUGGAGAUUGGGAAAAAGAGCAAAACCACAUCAGAAGAGGCAGAUGGUAUGGGCAAGGAGUCAGGCAGUGUGCUGGUGGACAAAGAAGGCAGUCAUCUGGCAGGUGUGAGCGCUCAGGGGCUGUCUGAAGUUGAUGGCCUUCCUGACAAGACAGCAGCUCACACCCCAGGCUUCGGGGAAGUUGUUCAGAGUAAAGAUCCUAACGACCUACAAAAAGACAAACCUGAGGCACUAGUCAACACCUUGGGACUUGAGAUUCCUGGGGGAGAAGAAAUCUCAGAAUGGGAACUUGAGGAUCCAGAGGAGCUUGGAGGCUCAGAAAGCCAGGGGCCUGAUGCCCAAAACCUUGGGGAUGACCUACCCCAACAAGCUACACCUGAGAUUCCCGACAUAGUGCUCAAGAGCGUGAGGGAAGACUUGCCCAUCAUCAACAGCUUCUUUAGGGACCAGAAGUCCCUGUAUCGCUUCCUAAAGUACUUCGAUGUCCAUGAGCUAGAGGGCAUGCUGCAAGAUAUGUCAAUAAGGCUGAAAUCGGCACAUCGGGACAGCCUGCCUUACAAUGUGGAAAAAGUCCUAGAUAAAGUCUUCCGUGCCUCUGAGUCACGAAUUCUAAGUGCGGCAGAGAAUAUGCUUGAUACUCGGGAGAACAAAAAUAGAGAUCUGGGGACACAAGAGAACAGCGUGUUAGAAGAAGCUGCAGUGUUGGAUGACGUACAAGAUCUGAUCUAUUUUGUCAGGUACCAAUACUCUGGAGUGGAGACUGCCCCACUGGCCACACCUCCACCUCAGGAGGAAGUCUGGUCUGGACCAGUAGAAGAGCUGCAGCCACCCAUGAAGGACAGCUUACCACAAGAAAACACAGAAGAUCUUAGUGUUCGGCUUCCGGAGCAACCUGGUUCCUUGGAUCAACCUGCAACCAGGGUGCAACUUACAGAGGAGCCUGGCCUCUCAGAGCAGCCUGUGACCAGUGUACAACUUACAGAGGAGCCUGGCCUCUCAGAGCAGCCUGCAACCAGUGUGCAACUUACAGAAGAGCCUGGUUUCUUGGAUCAACCUGUGACCAGUAUGCAGCUUCCGGAAGAGCUUGGUCAACCCGUGACUGAGCACAUGAGUGCCUCAUGGGUGUCACAGAAGUCAAAUACUGAAAAAGACAUAGAUCCAGCUUUCCUUGUAACCGAAAGCUCUCCUGUUGGGAUUGGUGAUGAUGUAGAAACGCUCCCGGAGACAAAGGCAGAGGAGCCAGCCAAUGUCCCACCUCUGGAAAAUGAACUUGGUCCCCUGUAUUCCUUCAUUCUUUAUUUAUGUAAGAUGUUAAUUGCCACAUUGCCUGCUAAUGUUCAGCCCGGCCCUGACUUUUAUGGACUACCAUGGCAGCCUGUGAUUGUUACUGCAGUCUUGGGAAUUGUUUCAUUUACAAUCUUCUCCUGGAGAACUAUUCUUGUUGUAAAGAGUAGAGUAUAUCAAGUUACUGAGAAGCAAAUUUCUGAGAAGUUGGAGACUAUCAAGAAAGAAAACGCAGAACUUAUGCAAAAAUUGUCAGAUUAUGAACAAAAGAUCAAAGAGGCAAAGAAACAUGAUCAAGAAACCAAGAAACAAAACACAAUUCUCUCUGAUGAAGCUGUCAAAUACAAGGAUAAAAUCAAGGUACUUGAAGAAACUAAUAAAAUUCUGGGUGACAAGGCCAAAAGUCUUCAUCUUAUGUUAGAAUCUGAAAGAGAACAGAGCACCAAGGAUCAGGACUUGGUAAUGGAAAACAAGAAGACUAUUGAGAAGUUGAAGGAUGUCAUUUCAAUGAAUGCGUCGGAACUUUCAGAGGUUCAAAUUGCCCUUAAUGAAGCCAAGCUUAGUGAAGAGAAUGUAAAAUCUGAAUGCCAUCGGGUCCGAGAAGAAAAUGCCAGGCUUAAGAAAAAGAAAGAGCAGUUGCAGCAGCAGAUUGAAGAGUGGGGUAAAUCGAAUGCUGAGCUCACUGAACAAAUCAAGACAAUCAAGAGGGCCCAGAAGGACUUAGAAGUAGCUCUUACUCACAAAGAUAGCAAUAUUAAUGCUUUGACUAAGUGCAUCACACAGGUGAAUCGGUUAGAGUGUGAACUUGAGUCUGAGGAUCAGAAUCAAGGAGGAGAUGAGUCAGAUGAGUUGGCCAAUGGAGAAGUGGGAGGUGACAGAAGUGAGAAGAUGAAAAACAGAAUGAAGGAGAUGAUGGACGUGUCUCGGACACAAACUGCAGUCUCAAUAGUUGAAGAGGAUCUAAAACUUUUACAACUUAAGAUAAGCGCGUCAAUGUCCACUAGAUGUAACCUGGAAGACCAAAUCAAGAAAUUGGAAGGUGACCGAAACUCGCUGCAGACUGCUAAAGCUGAGCUAGAAGAUGAGUGCAAAACUCUGAAGCAGAAAGUGGAGAUCCUGAAUGAGCUCUACCAGCAAAAGGAGAUGGCUCUGCAGAAGAAACUGAGUCAAGAAGAGUAUGAGCGGCAAAACAAAGAGCAGCGGCUGUCAGCUGCAGAUGAAAAGGUGGUUUCGGCUGCAGAGGAAGUCAAAACUUACAAGCGGAGAAUUGAAGAAAUGGAAGAAGAAUUACAUAAAACAGAACGAUCAUUUAAAAGCCAGAUUGCUGCUCAUGAGAAGAAAGCUCAUGAAAACUGGCUCAAAGCUCGUGCUGCAGAGAGAUCCUUGGCAGAGGAGAAGAGAGAGGCUGCCAACUUAAGGCACAAAUUAUUGGAACUGACCCAAAAGAUGGUAUUGAGUCAAGAUGAACCUGUGAUCAUAAAACCAAUGCCAGGAAGACCGAAUACACAAAAUCCUCCCCGAAGAGGUCUGAGCCAGAAUGGUUCUUUUGGCCCAUCCCCUGUGAGUGCUGGUGAAUGCUCCCCUCCCCCACCAGCAGAGCCACCUGGGAGACCUCUUUCUGCCACACUCAGUCGAAGAGACAUGCCUAGAAGUGAAUGUGGGUCAUUGGACAGGCAUUUACCUCGUCCUCGGUGGCCAUCAGAGGCAUCUGGGAAAAACUCUGCUUCUGACCCAGGACCAGGACCCAUGAUGAACAGCAACUCCCGGAGCUCCUCUCCAGCAAAGGCCACGGAUGAGAACAAGCAAACUGUUCCAAAAGAUCCUGAUGGCCCCUCAUGUUCCAGCAUCACCCCUUUAGCUGAGCAUACAGUAGCAGUUAACAUGCCUCCCAGAGGGCCCCCUCCAUUCCCAGGGUCACCUCUCUUUGGUGCCCCUUUGGGAAGUCCUGUGCCACCACCCACUCGAUAUGGACCACCUCCUCCACUGAUCGGGCCUUUUGGGCCUCGGCCAGUUCCUCCACCAUUUGUUCCAGGCAUGGGUCCACCACUAGGCAUAAGAGAGUAUGCACCAGGUGUUCUGCCUGGGAAACGGGAUCUGCCUGUUGACCCUCGGGAGUUUUUACUAGGACAUGCACCAUUUAGACCUCCGGGUUCACUUGGUCCAAGAGAGUAUUUUAUUCCUGGUGCCCGUUUACCACCUCCAACUCAUGGUCCUCAGGACUACCCGCUGCCACAACCUGCUGCAAGAGACUUACUGCCUCCUGGCCCAAGAGAGGAAGCCCCACCUGCCUCUCCAAGCAGUGUCCAAGACAGUUCACCGGCUUCAAAACCCAUCCCUUAACUUUGUUUGACCUCUAUCUGAGUGAGAGGGAAAGAUUGGACAGUACAUUGUUCAUAACAUCAAGAAUUUCAUUGGCUUCAAAACCUAAAAGUUUCUUAUACAGCGUUUGUUUUUAGUACUAAGCUGCCUUGGCAGUGUGCAUUUUUGAGCCAAACAAAAAAAUAUUAUUCUCUAUUCUAAGUAAAAAAAAAUCAUAUCUUAAGCUAAUGUCCUUCCAACUUUGAAAUGUGCAAUAAAGAAAUACCUGUGUCUAGUUGAUGUAGCAUAUGUAAUUGCUCAAUGAUUUAGAAUAUCCUAAAGUAUGAACAUUUCCUGUGGAAAUGCUUUAGGAACAUGUAUUUCCAUUGCCUUGGUCUAGUGUGUGCCAGUUGAUACAGAGCGAGGUGUUCACAGCUCCAUCUGUCUGUGUCUCAAAGACUGUUACGCUAAAAACGUGUACUCAAGGAUCACAAACUCGUCUUUGUUGCUAAAGUUCUUUGUAGUAAUAGUUCAUAAACUUUGUUUAUUAGUAUU